AUGAGCGAAGUUACAUUAAAGGAUCUAGUUGUUAUUAUCACCGGGGCCGGCGGAGGUCUCGGUAAGCAGUAUGCGCUGAGUUUUGGAGCGCGUGGAGCCAAAGUGGUGGUUAACGAUUUGGGGGGCACGCUUGGUGGCUCCGGAACGUCCACCAAGGCUGCCGAUUUGGUGGUGGAGGAGAUUGUGAAAAAUGGCGGUCAGGCUGUGGCCAAUUACGAUAACGUGGUCACCAACCCGGAAGGAAUUGUGAAGACGGCUGUGGACACGUUUGGAAGCGUGCAUGUGUUGAUCAACAAUGCUGGAAUCUUGAAAGACUCGUCGUUCAAGAACAUGUCAGAGAAGGAUUUCCAAGCGGUUUUAGACGUGCAUCUCAACGGAGCGUUUAGGCUGACAAAGCUGUGUUGGCCGAUCUUUAGAGACCAGAGGUUUGGCCGGGUUAUUAUGACCACUUCUCCAGCCGGACUUUAUGGCAACUUUGGCCAAACCAACUACUCGGCAGCCAAGCUGGGUUUGGUUGGUCUUGCUGAGACACUUGCCAGAGAAGGCGCAAAGUACAACAUCAAGGUGAACGCGAUUGCUCCGCUUGCCAAGUCGAGAAUGACAGAAACGGUGAUGCCUCCUGACGUGUUGCAAAGACUGCUACCGGAAAAAGUUGCGCCGCUAGUUUUGUAUCUGAGUUCUGUGGACUGCGACUGCUCGGGCUCGAUCUUCGAGGUUGCGGCUGGCCUGUUUGCGCAGAUCCGCUGGGAACGGAGCGAAGGUGCUCUGUUCAAGCCAGACGAGUCUUUCACUCCAGAAGCAAUAUUGAACAGGUACCCAGAGAUCACUGACUUUGAAAACCCGCAGCACCCAACACAGUUGAACGAUUACAAUCGCAUCAUUGAGCAAUCGUCCAAGCUGCCGGCCAACGACCAAGGUAGCACCAAGAUCACGUCGCUUAAAGACAAGGUGGUCAUAGUGACGGGAGCUGGUGCCGGACUGGGACGCAGCCACGCUUUGUUCUUUGCCAAGUACGGAGCAAAAGUGGUGGUGAACGAUUUCAAAGACCCGUCUCAGGUGGUGCAAGAGAUAGAAAAGGCCGGAGGUACGGCUGUCGGGUCUCGCCACGACGUGUUCGUCGAACCGGACAAGAUUGUGAAGACGGCUAUCGACUCUUUUGGAACCGUGGACAUCCUCGUCAAUAACGCAGGUAUUCUCAGAGACCGCUCGUUUGCCAAGAUGUCGCAGCAGGAGUGGGAUCACGUGAUCAACAUCCAUCUGGUUGCCACGUUCAAGCUGUGCAAGCUUGUGUGGCCGAUUUUCCAGGAAAAGAAGUCGGGCAAGAUCAUCAACUUCACCUCGACCUCGGGCAUCUACGGGAACUUUGGCCAGGCAAACUAUUCUGCUGCCAAGGCCGCGGUGUUGUCGUUUACACGGAGUCUGGCUAGAGAGGGAGCCAAAGCCAAUAUCAGCUGUAACGCGGUGGCUCCGCAUGCAGAGACGUCGAUGACACGCACAAUUUUCCAGAAGAACGAGCUGAACAAGUUUGGUGUUGAACAGGUGUCUCCGUUUGUGGUGCUGUUGGGCAGCGACGAGCUAAAGGUGACGGGCGAGCUAUUUGAGGUUGGUGCCGGAUGGGUUGGAAACACGCGGUGGCAGCGAGCUUCAGGGGCCGUUUCUCAUGACGAGAAUAUAACUCCCGAGUUUGUCAAGAGUCAUUGGAAGGAGAUCACUGAUUUUAGCAACGGCACGCAUCCUGCUUCUCCAUCAGAGUCUGCUAUGGCUAUCCUGGAUAGUGUUGGUGGCGGCGAUGAAGAUGAGGACGAAGACGAGGACGAAGACGAGGAGGAAAGCAAUGACGACAAACCAAAGGAUGAUGGCUACACUUAUGACCACCGCGACGUGAUCUUGUACAAUUUGUCUGUUGGAAGCCACGCGAACGAGCUGAAAUACGUGUACGAGAACGACGAUGACUUCCAGGCCAUUCCGACGUUUGGAGUUGUUCCUGUGCUGAACAACGGCGAGGACUCGUUCGAUUUCAGCGACCUGGUCAAGAACUUUGAUAUAACAAAGCUUCUCCAUGGAGAGCACUAUUUAAAGAUCGCCAAGCCGAUUCCAACGUCUGGACGACUCGAGACCAAGUCAACGCCCGUUGCAGUAUUCAACAAGCACAAGAAUGGCAAGAAGAACAGUCUCGUGAUCCAGAGCUAUGAGACGUACGACAAGAACAACGAGUUGGUGAUUUACAACCAAGGAUCUUACUUUAUCAGAAACGGGGAGUCUAGCACGGGCAAGGACCAGCUGUUGAAUAAGCGAAACAUUCCUUUCUUGAAGAACAGCUUCCAAAGCUCAGGAAAGCCUGAUUUUGAAGGGUUCUAUCAAACGUUCACAGACCAGGCUGCUCUAUACCGUCUAAAUGGAGACUUCAAUCCGUUGCACAUUGACCCAGUGUUUGCCAAAGGCGGAAACUUCCCACGUCCUAUUCUCCACGGGCUGGGAACUAUGGGAAUCAGUGCUAAGGUGUUGCAGGACCAUUACGGGCCGUUCGACGAGAUCAAGGUGCGGUUCACCAACGUUGUGUAUCCCGGAGAAAAGCUCAAGAUCCUGGGCUGGAAGACGGGCCAAAACGUGGUCUUUCAAACGUGGAGCGUCGACAGAAACUCGCUGGUGAUCGACCAGGCCGGAAUCAGGCUCCGUGAAACCAAAUCUAAAUUAUAA